ACUUCCGACUUCGUCACUCGAGUCGUUUGCCGGCGAGAAGUAUAGACUAGUCCACACUCACACACACACAAAAAAUGUCUAGCAAGAAAGAAAAGGCACAGAAAUCGUUGACCAAAGAAGAAGAACUUCUUCUCCAAGACUUCAGUCGUAAUGUGUCUACAAAGUCGUCGGCUUUGUUUUAUGGUAAUGCCUUGAUCGUCUCGGCUAUCCCCAUAUGGCUAUUUUGGAGGAUUCAUCAAAUGGACCUGUAUCAGUCUGGAAUUCUCUUUGCUGUUGGAACACUUGUCAGUACAUACCUUGUGGCCUAUGCUUACAAAAAUGUGAAGUUUGUCCUCAAGCACAAAAUUGCCCAAAAACGGGAGGAUGCCGUCACACGAGAGAUGACAAAAAAAUUUGCUGAUGACAAAAAAAUGACCAGAAAAGAAAGAGAUGAAAGGAUUCUAUGGAAGAAGAAUGAAGUAGCUGACUAUGAGGCAACAACUUUCUCCAUCUUCUACAACAACGCCUUUUACCUGGUCCUCCUCAUCCUCUGUUCCUUCUACCUGCUCAAGAACUUCAGCCCCAUGUUGUAUCCUUUCUCUCAGAUUGUAACAAGUUCAUAUUUUUUUUUAAUUUUAUUAUUAUACAUCAAAACCCCUAUAGACUAGUAAAGAGCACUUCUUUCAAAUACCUAUGUGAAGUUUUAUGCUUUGGAUUGAUGUGCUCUCUUGAAUUAGAUUCGUUGUAGGAAAAGUAGGUUGAGAUGCAGAUUACAGAAACAUAUACUUAUAUAUUUCUUAACUGGAUGUUAAUGGUGUUUACAAAUUUAGGUCUGCAUUAAUGUGAUUGUAAGUGGAAUUCUAGUUGUUACUUUCUUUAAUCUGGGUGCAUUACUUUAAUAUAAAUUGAGAUUGUGCAAGGAAAGUUUUAAAAAAUUUGGCAUGUAAAUGUCCAAGAGAUUAAAAUACAUAAUUUCAAAUUGUAAUAUUUUAAAAACCACACUACACAAAAAGUAAUAAUAUAAGAAAUCAUGGACUACUUGUACCUGAAUAGCCUACUGAAGAGGACAUGGAUGCAUUUGACAUGAAUCAGUGAAUGCCCAAAUUAUCCUUAACCUGACUUCAGAAACUACUUGAUGUCCGUCGGACUGGCCGCUGGGCUCCUAGCUCUGUUCUCCACCAGUAACAAAUGAAUUACCGCCCGUAUAGAAGAUCAACAGGUGGUUUGUGUGGGUGACCAGGGAACAUCAUGUCGAAUUGAAAGCAGACAGAAUCAUAAAGACACCAUUUUGUACUUCUUUAAGAAAUGUCAGAUAUCAUUUGUAAAGAAUUUGUGUAUAUUCUACAUGGACUUCUUAAAAUUGUGUUUCAAAACAUUUGGUAUAAAGCGGAAGAGAAAGAAAACCAGCUCUGCAAUUUAGAAUUAAAGUUUUACAGUAUUUAA